AUGGUUGCGACUCUCUUUGUUCGCCAAGCCGCUCCGGGCCUGUUGUUCAUGUCGGCGUUGGUGCGCACGACUGCAUCUGCAGAUGCAAGAACCAACAACAAGGCCACGACGAGAACAACCGCAGCAGAAGCAGCAGUUGCACGCGCCGAGCAAGCUGCUCUACUCAACGAGCAGACUGCCGCGCCUGCGAUUGCCAACUGGACUCGAUGCCUCUCCGGCCACUCAGCGCUCCAGCCGACUGCCCAACACUCGCCGGAUACGGAUGCAGGACCAAAGCAAGCACCACCGCCUCCGUCAUUAUCACCGCACCACCACACCGCUCAGGGCAAUCCAUGUAAGUCGACGACGACGCCCGGCCCAACGACCACAGCAACAAGCAAGCAUGCUCGGAUUCUUUCAUCGUCCACCCAACAACCAACACAAACACCGCCCGCCGCCCUUGAAAACCGCCAAAUCCCGCCUCCGUCUCCCUCCCCUUCCACCGCCGCCGGCACAUAUAUCCAAGACCCUUCACUUGGUAUUCUGCUGCCCGGCACCAUCACCCCCACAGCCACCCCUUCCAACACAUCCUCGAACGCAUCUAUAUCAACCGCCGUCAUUGUCACCAUUGUCCUGGGCACAAUUGCCGGCGUCGUAACAGUUAGCCUGGUCGUCAUUCUCAUCAACAUGCAGCUCCGCCGGCGAAGAAGAAGAGGAGGUCAGCCUUGUUCCCCCACGGAGAGCGACAAAAAGGGCCUCAGUGCGAAUGCCAGUUCAACGGUGCUAAACUCGCCAGGUCUCGCGUCACCGUUUCCCAAAAUGACCACCUCGACGCCGCCAAUGGCCCCGGGGACCGAAAUCCCAGCCAAGGGCGGAAAUGACGUUAGGCUAGACGAGCUGAGGCCGCCUCCGAGACUUGGCGAGAGAAGGUUCCAUCAGAUAACAAGGAGCGAGGGCUCCAUCGAAGUCCGGCCAUCGCGAAGCUUGCACCACACACGCUGGGGAAAGCCCUCUAGUCUGGGGAACAUACCUUCUGCCAAAGACAUGCCGUCCUAUUACGUGGGUGAUGGGCAAACGCAUGACCAUGCGUCCCCAGACUCGCGAUCACCAGGCCGUAAUCAUCAGUACAACCUCUUUCCUACGAGGACAACACCACCGGCAAUCAAGACGCACAAACUAGCCGCAUCAACAUCCACCACGUCUACCCUCCAGGGAACAGGGGCGACUCCACCGCGGACUCCAAAGAGCGGCGUUCUCAGCCCAGUCAACGGCCUCGUGUCGCCGGGACCUCCGCCAACGCGGGCGCUGCCUUCUCCGCCCUUGAAGUACUGGCAGGUCAACCCGCUGUCACCACCGUUGGACUCGCAAAUGGACCAUGUUCGUCCAGAGGAGAUUGGGGUAGCCAUUGGGUCGCCCACAACAGAGGAGAGGAGGGAGAAGAGGCCGCGCUUGGAUGAGAGCGACAUGGAGAGGCUGGGCGGCACGUACUCGCCCUUUAGGAGGUGA